AUGGCUGGAAUAAUGGUGAGCGCUUCUACCGGGGUGAUGAACUCUCUCCUGGGUAAGCUGGCCACCCUGAUGGGAGAGGAGUUUGCCAAGCUAAAGAACCUGAGGAAGGAGGUGAAGCACAUCAGCGAUGAGCUGAGCAGCAUGAAGGAUGCUCUAGAGCGCCUUGCAGAUGUGGACGAGCUUGAUAUACAGACUGCAAGGUGGAGGGACGCGGUCAGGGAGAUGUCUUAUGACAUUGAGGAUAUUAUCGAUGACUUCAUGUGCAAAAUUGGGGAGAAGAAGAAAAAAUCUGGGUUUGUCCACGACACUAUUCAACGUCUGAGAACUUCAAGGGCCCGUCAUCAGAUUGCUGGCCAGAUCGAGGACAUCAAGAAAAUCGUGCGUGAAACAAGUGAACGUCGUGAGAGGUAUAAGGUCGAUGUCCCCACAUCGUGCAAUGUGGCUGUUGACCAACGGGUUGUCGCUCUCUAUGAGGAUGCAGCUAAACUUGUUGGUAUGGACGGCCCAACCAAUGAGGUUGUCAGUUGGCUAAAAGAUGAGGAGAAGCAGUUAAAGGUUGUAUUAAUUGUUGGAUUUGGAGGUUUAGGUAAAACGACACUCGCCAAGGAGGUAUACCAUAAGCUGAAGGGGGAAUUUCACUGUGGUGCAUUUGUGCCAGUGUCUCAAAAGCCAAAUAUUCCAAAACUUCUGCAUAGUUUGUCAACCCAACUUGGUUGUCAACAAUCUUUUCAUGACUGUGAGUUAAAUGUUCUUCUCGACCAAGUCAGAGAAAAUCUAAAAAACAAGAGGUACUUGGUUAUCAUCGAUGAUUUAUGGGAUGUAUCGGCAUGGCGUAUUAUUAAAUGUGCAACCCCAGAAAAUAAUCUUGGUAGUAGAUUAAUAGUAACUACAAGAAUCAGGAUUGUGGCUGAGGCAUGUUGUUUCGGUCACCACGAGCACAUUCUAGAAAUGAAACCUCUUAGUGGAGAAGACUCAAGGAAAUUGUUUUUUGAUAGGAUAUUUUUCUCUGAAGAAGCUUGUCCAGUUCAACUCAGACAUGUUUCAGUUGACAUUCUCAAGAAAUGUGGUGGAUUGCCACUUGCAAUCAUUAGCAUAUCUAGCCUAUUAGCAAGUGGAAGUUCCAACCAAAAGGAGAGAUGGGAACAUGUACAGAAUUCUUUGGGGUCAGUUUUGGGCACAAAUCUCACCUUGGAAGCAAUUAGACAGAUCUUGAACCUUAGCUACAAAAAUCUUCCUCACCACCUCAAGACAUGCUUCUUGUAUCUUGGUAUGUUUCCAGAGGACUCUGAAAUACUGAAGUAUGAAUUGGUAAGACUAUGGAUUUCAGAAGGCUUUGUUAGUAAAGCACAUGGACAAAGCCUAGAACAGACUGCAAUAAGCUAUUUCAAUGAGCUUAUCAACAGGAGCCUUAUUCAACCUGUAGAAAUUAAAACGGAUGGGACAGUGUUAACUUGCAAAGUGCAUGAUAUGUUGUUGGAUCUUAUCUUGUACAAGUCUGCAGAAGAGAACUUUAUCACUGUAGUAGAUAACCCAGAUUCCGUUGCAAGACAGCUUCAAAAGCCCCGUCGGAUGCUCUUCAGCUUGGAUGGUGCAACAUUGCCAGGGGUCGUCAAUAUGUCAGAAGUGAGAUCGUUUGCAAACUACAGAGGCUCCAUGCACAUACCUUCUCUGGCAGAGUUCAAGUAUCUUCGAGUUUUUAUUACUGACUUUACAUCUUUUUCUGCUGAUGACAACCGGAAAAUUGACCUGACAAGAUUGUGUGAGUUAUAUCAGCUGCGACAUAUACGGAUUCGCGGCUGUGGUAAGUGCCAGCUACCAACGCAGAUUAGAGGGCUACAAAAGUUGGUAACAUUUGAUAUAGAUGGGUCCUGUAUCCCAACUGAUAUUUUCCACCUGCCGCACUUGUUGUUUCUAAAUGCUCCAAACGUUGAAAGGCUGCCGGAGGGCAUUGGUAAAAUGACAUCCCUACAACAGCUGCAUAAUUUUCACACACUGUGCGCCUCACUUGACAGUGUCAAGGGCCUUGGAGAGCUCACCAAUCUGAGUAUUCUAUGUCUCGGAACUGGUUUUUCUGAAGAUGUGGUCAUAGAUGCUCUAAACUCUUCUUUGGGAAAACUUUGUAACCUCGAGUGGCUGCACAUAUUCACACCUUCUGUUUCUUUUAUACCUGAGACAGUAACCUUGUCGUCUCCUCCCCCCAACCUCGUUACACUCUACGUGUUUCGAUGCUUCAGGGUCCCUAUCUGGAUCAAGGAACUCCAUAACCUCCGGUCCUUGGAUCUCACUGUUAGGACACUGGACAAGGAUGGUGUUGGUAUUCUUGCGGAGUUACCAUCCCUUAUCGACGUGGAAUUAAAAUUUAGUAGAGCCCUGGAAGAAACAAUUGCCAUCUAUGGGACAGCAUUCCCAAUCCUAAAAAGGUUUGAUAUCAGUGGGGGUAUCAUGCCACAACUAAUCUUCCAAGCUGGGGCAAUGCCUAAGCUCCAGAGACUCGAUCUAUCAUGGAUGAAGGACGAGAGCGCCACACCUACAGGUAUCGAGCACUUGUUAGCGCUUGAAAGAAUCGGUGUAAGAUUCCGGAGUAGUACUGAAUCUGAAAAGAGAAGCGCGGAGUCAGCCAUCAGGAGCGCUAUCAGCAUGCAUCCCAACCAUGCUCACAUUACAAUCGAUGUAUGA